GCGACAAAGAAAGGGAGUAUACGUAGUGCGUGUGCAACGCCUUUUCAACGCCCGCCUCAACAUUAGCAGAAGUGCUCUACCUCUCCACCUCGCCGUGGUGGUGGCCCCAUAAGAAGGAGGAGGUGUUGAUUUUUGAUUUGGGCUCUGUUGUAGGCAACGCUAAAUAAAAAAAAACACACAUACACAACAAACUCUGUCCAAAAGCGCGCUCCAAUCUCGCAGUAAAUCUGCGUCCUCUCCUUCAUGCCACGCAGUUAUAUUGGCUCGCGAGCGGGGUUCAAGAAAGGUGUGUGUGUGGCGAUAUACACACCGGUACGUAUCCCCAACCAGUGCGCUUCACGGUGUGUGCGUGUGUGUUCGGCAGUCGAAAAGAGAUAGAAGCAGGACGGUGGCAGGAUUUAGGGUGUGCGCACGCGAGACACGGACGCGCUGCACGCACGAAGCGAUACCGAAGCGUUGCCGAACUCCCGGUUGCCCGCGGUACGCGAACGCGAGAAAGAGCCGCCUGCUGGAGCGAAGGGAACGAGCAGGUAGAAAGAAGGGCACAACCGAUCCGCGUGCGUGCGUGUGUGUGUGCGAGGAAGUGAGAGGGGCAAAAAGCCCGUGGGUUUUUGGAUAGCUGGCCGAGAGCACGGGCAGCGAGAGAUCACGCGGAGGAUGUGCAGCGUGACAGAGAGCGAACGAGCGAGCGAGAAGGGUACCGGCAGCAGCAACUAAUGAACGCCGUUCAGUGAGGCCUUAAUAAUAGUGUUUAGAAGUGGUUAAUUUCGGCUUCAACCGCUCCGCGAGGCAGGUCACAAAAUAUCGCACCAGCUCCAAACGGCAGCAGCGUUGGAAAAACCCUUGUGGCCCCUUGUGUCGUCGGAAGUUUCGUGCAAAUUUCGCCCGCCGGUUUUGUUUGGACCAUCGAACGGCGGAUCGCUUCGGGAUUGCCCGUUUUUGUUGUUGUUAUUGCUGCUUUUUGUGUGUGCGGGGUCUCCACGUUACCUAGCGUACUGCUCUUCCGUCCGUGUGCUCCAGUUCCGGUUCCGUUUGGUUCUUAUGAAAUUUGUACGUGUGUGUAUAUAUAUAUGUGUGUAUGCACGUGUAAAUCUCUGUGCAUCGAUGUACCUGUGAGUGUGUUAUAUGCGUACGUGUGAACUUCCGUAUCCUUUGAAGGAAGUCCCCAAUAAAAAAACGACGUGCAAUACGGUUUGAAGUUGAGACGUAGUCCGCAACGACCUUCUUUGCAGGCGCUUAAGUGUUUACAGUACCGAGAAGUGUCUCCGCGGUCGUGAACAAAAAGGAUUUAAUUAUAACCCCUUCAUCCACAAUCAAACUUUGCAUCCACCAACGGGUUAUUCUUCGGAGAUUCUCCAAUAAAGGAAUCCCUCAUGUGUACCAUCGGCAGUGUGGGUGUUGAUCACUAGAACUGAUGGAAACAAUGUGUUUUGCGGAGGUGGUUCGAUCAGUGUCAAUUCUAUGCGCGGUAUAGUGCCAAAGUGGCGGUUCUGGAAUCCGAAAGGUCAAGAUUCUGAGAGUUCGCUAUUCCCUGUGCGGAAGCCUCCCAGCGCCAUCGACGUAGCCAAGUGUUGGGCCCCGGGAUACGAUAUAUCCCACGUUAAAAACUUGUGCCCACGGCCACAAAAUGAUGGCUUCACCUAGUUUUAUGACGCAGUAUCACAAUCAUCAGUGGAACAACGGUACAACGCAAAGUCAGCUGUCAGCUUUGAAUAUCCUGCCAUAUCAGUAUCCCCCACAACCACCGUCGGUGAGUAGCCUCGGGUCGGUGGCGUCCGUGGGCUCGGCAGGGCUAUCGCCAACCCAGUCUAUCGCUUCGUCCAGUGGAGCCGCAAGCAACAGCAGCAGUUUCAGUACCGUCGGUGGCCCCGGGAACCACGGGUCGUCCGUCGCCCUCGGUACCGCUGGAUGUGGUCCCGUUGGUGGUGGAGGAGGAGGCUCAAACACUGCCAGUCCGGACGUAACGGUGGCCGCAGCAGCUGCAGCAGCCGCUUCCAGUGCGGCCGCUUCAUACGGCUUCGGUAUGGUGCAGCAGUCCAGUGCGCUUGAGAUGACCGCAAGACCUCAAGCGAUGCAUUAUCCGUCGUAUGCGUCGUACAGCCCUGCCAGCUAUUACAAUAACGUCAGCAUGGCGACCAGUCCGUGGUUUGCGCAGGAAACGAUGUACGGUACGGCGGCCGGCUGGCACGGUGCGGACGCGUACGGGUUGAAGCUGGAGGAGUACUCGCAUCAGACGCAGGCACAGCGCCGUUGCGCCCGCUGCACAUGUCCAAACUGCAUCAACGAGCUGUCCGGGCUGCCACCAGUAGUCGGUCCGGACGAGAAAGGCAAACGGCAGCACAUCUGCCACAUACCGGGAUGCGAGAAGAUCUACGGCAAAACGAGUCAUCUGAAGGCGCACCUACGCUGGCACACCGGAGAACGGCCGUUCCAGUGCAAGUGGCUGUUCUGCGGCAAACGUUUCACGCGUUCGGAUGAGCUGCAGCGCCACUUCCGUACGCACACGGGCGAAAAGCGCUUCACCUGUACGAUCUGUAGCAAGAAGUUUAUGCGCAGUGACCAUCUCGCCAAGCACGUCAAGACGCACGAAAACAAGGCGAAAAAGAUAGCGAAACGCUCGGAAAAGCUGGAAGAGGCGAAGCAGCGCCGGGAGGAAACGAAAAUGAAGGGACUCGAACCGUCAACACCGGUAGUAUCGAGGAAGCUUCCGUCCGGUUCUUCUCUGAGCAAACUGACAUCGUCCAAGCGGCUGAAAAUGUCCGGCAGGGAAGAUUCUCGACGGGAGGAAGACACAUCAGCAGACAGCAGCCUCGAGCAGCAAACGCAGCAGCUGCCGCAACAUCACCAUCACAGCCAGUCGUCCGCCAUGCUAGAGGACAUAAACGCCAAUAUACGCGUACCUGAGAUCAAGUCGGAGUAUGGUGCUGGCGCGUUGAAUGUCCUGACGCCACCGCCAACGGGCAAUUCGCCGACCUCUGCGACGGCAGCGGCGGCCGCUGCAGCAGCCGCUGCUGCAGCAGCUGCUGCCGCCUACCAGAACUACCACCACCACCAUCAUCACGUCGCGGCCCAUCACCAUGCGUCGUACUUCCAGAGUCCAUUCUUCCAGGCGAGUGCCGACGUUGGUACGGGUGGAUCGUCCGGGAAAAGUCAUUUCCCCAGCUACUGUGACGUCGGCAGCGGUAACUUCGGUGGACAUGGCAGUCACGGAGGGAACAACUUGCGGCUAGCGGGCGUGAGUAAUGCCACCCUAUCUAGUAUGUCUUCUACCUCGCUGAGCUGUGAGAAAUCAUCCGUUACGCAUCGUACCGGGGGAAGUAAUGCGGGCAAUAGUAGCAAUAGUAGCAGCAACACCGCCACGAACAAUAGCAGUAGUACCACAAACACCAGCAGUAGCAGCAGUAGCAGCAGUGCCAUCGCCGAACUCAGCAACAGUCUGGUGAAGCUGGAAGAGUACGCCAACGGACAUGGGCUCGGUGGUAGCCGUGUCGAAGGUGGCUCCACAACCGGACCUUCUACCGCCGCUCCUGCAGCAGCGGGGAGUGGCAGUAGUGGCAACAACAGCUCCAGCAACACCAACACCCUCAACAACCACGUACUACCUCACGGUGCCCAGCUGUACCAUUCGUUGGCCAGCGAACCGUCAUCCCACCAUCCAUACCAUCCGUAUGCGGCAAUGAAAGCCGGUGGUGGUAUGCCAACCGCCUCCUAUGGAAGCAUUUCGCCCUACGAGCAGGAACAUUCCGCGGCGGGUCAGCACCAUGCACAUCCAUCCGCGGGCGUAACCAACUCUGCGUCGUCCCAUCUCGCCUCCACCUACAACAUGAUGAUGAGCAACUAUUCGCUGCAUCAGCAUCACCAGCAUCAGCAGCAGCAACAACAUCAGCAGCAUAAUCAUCACCUUCAUCACCAGCCACAGCAGCAGCAACACCAGCAGCAGCAGCAACAGCUUCUCAAUCAACAACAUCACCACCAACAUCAGCAGCAACUUCAACAUCAACUUCAGCUCAACCUUACAUCGCAGCAACCGAACACCGGAGCGGCGACGACCAACGCGAACACACUGUUCAAGUAAGUCCGACCAAACCUGACCGGAUAUGUGUUCUUUCCUUCAGUUUACUCUGUACUACUUAAGCCAGUGAAAUACCCCAGAUUGAUAGCGUUGUGAUGCGAUCCCUUAGCGAAAGAUUCGUUGCGAUUAACCUCUUGAAACAAGGUAGAGAUCCUAGAGACUCUUUGUGAGCUCCGAGCAACUGCUGAGAUUUUUACAAUUUAAUGUAGUCUUUUGAAAUUAUGUUCAAGGAGAUACAGAAGAGACCUGUGUUAAUCUUUAGCGUAGACCCUACAUUGACGGGACGGCUACCAUAGUUCUUCAAAUGUGCUAUAGUAUUGCUAAUAAUGUAAUAGUAAUAUUCGGACACUUGUUAUUAUGUCCUUCAGAGAUAGUCUUUAGUGACAGCUGAAGGUCCGGCCAGAUACAUUACCUUCGUUCAAAAUAUUGCAAGACUGUCGCAUGAUCUCCUCAGGUACAUCGUUUUGAGUGGUGAUUUUUGAACAUACUCAGGCUUCAUCUUGCGAAAUGUCGUAAAUCAAUGGAGAGUUACUUUCGACACACUGGCCAAAUGUUGCUUCGAGUUCUCGCUUGCCUCAUAUUCACAAUACACUGAAGUUCAUAUAGUACAACGCUUCAUGACUGCACCUUCUUAACGUUAUGUGACUAGCUUGCAACAUGUUUUCAUCAAAAUCUUUUUUGAAGUAUUUGCAAAUUUACCAACAUCGUAUUUCGAAAGUGGCACAGACAAUAGUGCAUGAUAAGUCGCUGGACGAGCUUCAAUAACAUUGUUCUCCCAUUUGCUCCCAUUAAACUGCGUGUAAAAAGUAGGCAACAAAGAUACGUUUUAUUUUAUUUCGAGCUAUGUGUGUUCAUUCCUGGACUAAAAGGAAACCAUGCUGCAUGCUGUCCAGGUGUAUAAUUGUGUAAAUGUAGAUAAAUAUUGUACAGUGCGGCUAAUAGGGCUUAAAGAUAGCAGAGCAAAGCAAGUGAUUAUCGGGAUAGCGAAAGUGAAUUAAAAUUAAAAACCUCUCUUGGUGUGGAACAUUUUAGCAACGAAAGGAACGAAGCAUGGGAAUACACCCACACACAUAGCAUGUCUAAAAAAAGGGUAAUGCGAUAAAAUCUCAGUGCAAAUUUUUGAAUUCAUACCACGGUGGUUCGUCUGCAAAUGUGUAGUUUUGGGCAUGUAACGAAUAAUAAUGAAAAAUAAAGAUAAUAAAAUAGUGAAACAAGCAGCUUUGUGACCGUACCGGGAUGAAUAGUUAGAAACACGCUCAGAUAUUCUGAUGGUUUGUUUUUCCAAAGAAACAGUGAUGGACGGAGAAGACCCAGAAACAAGCUAAAGGCAAGAACAAAAAAAUGCGAACGGGCACCGUUCAUUUAAGUAAAACAAAAAUGAAUAAUGUACAGAGCAAAACAAAACGUUAUAUUUAGAUAAGAACGAAUCAUUACGAAGUAUAUAUAUAUACAUUUACAUAUAUUUAUGGAACCUCCCAACCUUCUAAACGUAAGCGAGAAAGCGGUUGAAACGAACCAUAACUUUACGAUGAUUAUAUUCUCAAUUAAAAUAA